AUGACCAGAAAGAUCUUCACCAACACCAGGGAGCGGUGGAGACAGCAAAACGUCAACAGUGCCUUUGCCAAGCUGAGGAAGCUCAUCCCCACCCACCCUCCGGACAAAAAACUGAGUAAGAACGAGACACUCCGUUUGGCCAUGAGGUACAUCAACUUCCUCGUCACGGUCCUGGGGGAGCAGGGCCUGCCGCAGACAGGAGUGGCUGCCCGGGGGAGUAUACUGGGGCUGUUCCAACAAGCCCCACAUUUGCAGAGUAUGGAGGAACUGACUCUGAUUGAAGACUGUGGAGUCCCUUCUCCGGGCACAAGCAGCAAUAUCCCAGAGUGCUGGUCAGAGACAUCGUCUCCCUAG